AUGGGGACCCUCCGAAACGUGGCCAUUGUCGUUCUGGUCAUAUCCUUCUUCACAUUCGUUGCCUUUUUUGGGAGACUCCCAGCUCUGAGGAAUACUCCCAUCGGCACUCUACACCGAGUCAUAUGGCUUCAUAUUCCUGGAAGUCUUCGAGCCCUCGACCAGAGACUCACACAUGGCCGUUUGAGUGCUUGGUUCUUAAGACUCGCGCAUACGUUAUGGAACGAUAGACAUCCAACUGUUAUGAUAUUCUUCAUGCUUCUGCUAUCCGUGUCUGAAAUCCUCUUUUUGCCUCCAGCAUGGUCCAUGCUUACAACAACCCGGAAGGUCAACGCGUCGAUCAUUCUCGCACUGCCAUAUGUCUUCCUUUAUGCGGCUGCUGCAAGCGACCCUGGUUACAUAACGCCAGAGAAGCAUUCUCACCAAAUGACUCUAUACCCUUAUGACUUUACAGUCUUUCAUCCUGGCCAAACAUGCCAUACAUGUCAUCUUCUGAAACCAGCUCGCUCAAAGCAUUGCAGUAUUUGCAAACACUGCGUAGCCAAAAUGGAUCACCACUGCAUAUUCAUCAACAAUUGUGUCGGGUAUGGAAAUCAUCACUACUUCUUACUUCUUCUCCUCACCACCGCAGUCUUAACGACAUACGCAACCUUUGUCGGCUUCUCCAUCCUCUCAGAUCAAAUUCGAGUAGAGAUUCCUUCCUGGAAGGUUUGGGGUCCAGGUUUCACUUGGUCCCAAUACGCCAAUAUAUGGGCGUGGGCCCUACAAGAGCAUACUAGAAUCGGUGCUGUGACCUUGCUAUGUUUCCUUACCUCGCCACUUAUUUGGGGCCUCUUUGGCUACCAUAUGUAUCUCAUCUGGGCCGGAACCACCACGAACGAGUCGAUGAAAUGGUCAGACUGGCAAACUGAGAUGAGAGAGGGCUAUGCCUUUAAACGUGGCCUCUCUACCGACCGACAAAAAGACGAAGCAAUAGAACCAGCAUGGACGCGGUGGCCAGUGGAGAGCGAGCAAAUCAUCGUGAGAACAGAGGAUGGAUUGCCACCUCGAGGUCCACGAGCGAUUGGUGUUGGAGAAUGGCAAAGGGUUUGGAAGCUGGCUGAUGUUGAGAAUCUUUAUGACCUUGGAUUCUGGGAUAAUUUGUCGGAUGCCUUCUGGCCCAGGUAUGGAUUCCACCGUCGUUCUCCGAGUGGGAAUCAAGAUGCUCGAAGCUACCCUGCGUCACCGGCUGAUGCAGGUUCUGGUACUCGACAGUAG